AUGAUGCUCUCAUCUCUCCUCACGGCACUUGCCGCUAUGACAGCGACAGUUUUCUCUGCCCCAUUGGCCUCAAGGGCACUCGCAGACUUGGACCUGGUAGUCCUUCAAUUCGCCCUCACUCUGGAGCAUCUUGAGAACGUUUUCUACAAACAAGCGCUGCAGAAAUUCACCGAGAAGGAUUUCGCUGACGCGGGAUUUGACAAGAAUUACUUCAACAACCUCAGGUUCAUUGCCCAGGACGAAGAGGCGCAUGUUGUCGUCCUUACCCAGGAGAUCCUUGCGGCGGGCGCAAAGCCAGUAGAGUCGUGCGAGUACAAUUUCGGAAAGGCGCUGGACGAUGUAAAGUCAUUUGUGUCUCUCGGAAGUGUCUUGGAGGGAGUUGGAGUGUCGGCUUAUUCUGGAUCCGCACCGGCAAUUGAGUCGAAGGACCUAUUGACCGCUGCUGCAGCGAUCCUGGUUGCCGAAGGUCUUCAUCAAGGCAUCCAGCGCCAGGGGCUCCAGCAAGUUCCAUCGGCAAACAUUGUUGGUACGCCAGCCAGCCCGACUGCAAUCUUCACUCUAGCAUCCGCAUUCAUCGGAAAUUGCCCGUCCACCAACAUGGCGCUGCCAUUCACUGCAUUCCCAACUCUUACUACUCCGCAGACAGGUGCGAUUGCCCCGAAUGCCACCGCAAUAUUCUCUGUUGGCGGUGCGGUCGCAGAACCAUUCUUCAUGACCUUCGUCUCUGGAAUCGAUACUAUCAGUGUGCCGGGCAAGAAUGAAAACGGAUUGUUGAUGGCGCAAAUACCUGCAAAAACACAAGGGCAGACGUAUGCCUUUGUAACCAAAGAAGCAGCGAUAGGCGCCAUCAGGGACAGUCAGGUACUGUUUGGGCCGGCCAUUUUGGAAGUCACAGCGGAUGCGCCAACCUUUGAUUUGACAAUACAAUAG